CUUUAUAAUCUUUUAGGAGGGGUAUAUCCUGGAGCCAUUCAGUGAACUCAUCAGUUGAAGCUUGGACUUCUAGAGAAUGGUUUGGCAGAAAGUUGUCUUUACGAUCGCUGUGGCAGCAAGUGUGACGGCACAGAAUGAUGUCCGUGUUUGCGUGCCCAAGUCGUUCGCACCAUACUGUGACAGCUUGCAGAGUCUUGGCAGUCCAGUCGUCUGUGAUGGAGUGGAAUCCAGUGAUGACUGCCUCACAAGACUGAAUAGAGAAGCUUCAGACUUUGGAGUGUUCUCUGACGAGGAUAUGGUGUUGAUGGCACACCAGCAACCCGACAGGAACAGGGUCGUGGCGUCCGUUAGAGAUGUCCUAAGAAAAGAUGCCUACGCCUUCGAAGCGGUCGCUGUAGUCCCAGCGAGUCACACUGGAGGUCUAGAGGGUCUCCGGGGUAUGAAGUACUGUCACCCUGGUCUGGAUGACACGGAGCCAAGCUGGUCUCCACGAGUGCAGAAGACUUUGGAACGAGCUGCUGCCAAGAUCGAUAGCUGUCCUGAUGCAGAAAUGGAAGUGCAAACUCUGAGCUCCUUCUUCCACAGCGCUUGUAGACCUGGACCUUGGAGUGAUGAUGACAAUGUUGAUGCUGAUUUUAAAUCCCGAUUCUCGAACCUGUGCGCUCUGUGUGGCCAGAACGCGAAGUGUUCCAAGUACACCAUCGACAUGGGCCCUAACAUCAAUAACGUUGACAACAACAACAGACACAUCCAGGCCUUGGAGUGCAUGAGGUCCAAUGGGAACAACUCUUUCGCUUACGUCGCCUGGCAACACGUCCGCACUUACUUUAACAUACGCAAUCCUCGUAUCCGUGCCUCAUACUCUCUCCUCUGUGAAGACGGCUCCCUCCGACCACUGACCCUUGAGGCCACUAUUUCCGAUGUCUCUCCUUGUUCGUUCGUCAAACAGCCUUGGGGCGCUAUUGUUGCUUCUUCACCGAGAGCAAACCGAGCGAGCAGUGCCAUCAGGAGCUGGUGGCCUUGGGGCUCCAACCCUGGAGGCAACACUUGGCAGUCAGUGCUGUAUACGGCUUUAAUAGGAAGCUUCCCGAACGUUGUGUACUUCGAAGACGGUCUGCCUACACCAGGAUCUUACAUUCAAAGUGGCAACUUCACCUCGAUUGAUGACUCCUCAUCUUGCAUCUGA